CACGGAUUCAGCUGAUGCAAAAAGCCGAUGCCACAGGGUCCUCCUGGCGGUAUAUUUGGCGUCUUGGGAGUGGUGGUGGUUGGUGGUCUGAUUGUUGGAGUGGUGGUCACAAUAUGUAUGGUGUACAGGAGAGGAAAAAAGCCCCGUACAGAAACAGACAACGAUCUGACCGACCUCCCCCCUGCUCAUAAGCCGGCCCCUCCGCCACCCAAGAAAAAGAGCAGCGACAUGAAAGGAGGCCUGACACCUGAUGAGAUCCAGGUUGUUUAUCUGGACAAGGAGGAUGAGAUUCAGAAGAUUCCUCUCCAGCCCCCAUACUAUGACAUGGCGCAGUCUGAGUCCACUGCGUUCACCGAUAAGCCGAACUCUGGGAACGAAGAGCUACCGAAGCCAGCUGACUAUGUGAGCUGCCAUCCCCCGGGCAACAAGGAACAAUUUGUUGAACCUCCGCCUCUAUCUUCCUACCCCCCUGUUACCUUCCUUCCCCAGAUCCCUUACACCCAGCACCCUACCAACACCCCCAUGUACACCUUCCAACCCAACGCCGCCCCUCCUGCCCCCCGACCCCCAUUUAACUUCCCCAAAGAGCAGUCCGUCUAAACCCAUGACCCUCCGAACUGGGAGACGCUCCUGUGACCGCUCCGUUCCCCGUCCCAUACAGGAUAGCUAUUACGAGUCUCACCUGGAGAGAGCAACACUUCCUUCCUCUUUACUGUUGUCCUGCGCUGGCCACAUCAGGAUGCGGACGGUCUCUCGGAACAAUGAAUAAAAGUGUCAGUAGUUUGUGGACCGUAAACCGUGUGUGUUGUGCACUGCAUGUUUCACUAUGAGGCUGUGCUUAGGUUCCCUUAGUCUUGUGCUGUAAUUUUAGAAACACCGCACACCACAACUCUGCACCCUCCCUCCUCUCACAACAACACACCUCACUUCUCCUGAACACGGGGUCAGCCUUCGAUUUUCCUCUCUUAGACCUUACCUUCCUUUAUUUCAAUCCUGCCAAGUGUCCAUUUACAGUUUUUCAAGAAACAACCACCCAAAAAUUCUCUCGUUAUUUAUGCACGCUCAUAUUUCAAAGUGUGUAUGCUUACAUUUUUUUUUUUUUUUCGUGGAACCCAAAAGAUCAAUUUUUGCAGCUCUUUUCCAAGAAAGUAAUCAUGGCUGUCAGGCUCCAAAAACGACAACAAACUCCAUAGAAGUACCAUUAUGGAGUUUUAUACUUAACUCUUUCCCCGCCAUUGACGUAAUAUUCCGGCUUUUCGCGUUUUCACGAUUAAGGUAGGGGGGGACUACACUGUAAAAAGGAAAAAAUUGUGGCAACAGAUUACAAGCAAAAUUAUUAAUUAAA